CUUGUGUGAAAGAAAAGAAUCUUUUGGAUUUUUGGCUUUGGGAACCAAAAAAAUAAUAAAAUAAAAUAAAAAGAAAAUCUCUUUCUCUCUCUUUUCACUAUCAUCAUCAUCUUUAAAUACCCCACAAAAUCAUACACCUUUGCUUUGCCCUUAUAGAAUCUCACUCUUUCUUCUUUCUUUUUCCUCAAAACUAUAGCUUCUUCUUUCAAGGGGCGAAAAAAUGGGAGCCGGUGGCCGAAUGCCCGAGGCGAAAUCCGAGUUGAAUGGUAGUAAGAAUAAGAAUAGCCUAAUUGAGAGAGUACCACACACCAAACCACCAUUCACAUUAAGCGAAAUCAAGAAAGCGAUUCCGCCCCAUUGCUUUAAACGCUCUCUUUUUCGCUCUUUUGCUUGUGUCUUUCACGACCUUUUUUUCGCGUCAUUGUUUUACUAUGUUGCAACCUCUUACUUUCACCUUAUCCCGAAACCAAUUUCAUACAUUGCUUGGCCAAUUUAUUGGAUUUUCCAAGGUUGUAUUUUAACCGGGGUUUGGGUCAUCGCUCAUGAGUGUGGUCACCACGCUUUUAGUGACCACCAGUGGGUGGAUGACACCGUUGGUCUCAUCCUCCACUCUGCUCUUCUUGUCCCAUACUUUUCAUGGAAGUAUAGUCACCGUCGCCACCACUCAAACACGGGGUCCAUUGAUCGCGACGAAGUGUUUGUACCAAAACCAAAAUCACAAGUGUCACCAUUCGCCAAAUACUUAAACAAUCCACCCGGAAGAGUCCUAAGCCUUUUUGUUACCCUAACACUCGGUUGGCCUUUGUACUUAGCUUUCAAUGUAUCAGGCAGACCAUAUGACCGUUUCGCUUGUCAUUAUGAUCCCUAUGGCCCAAUCUACUCAAACCGCGAAAGGUUACAAAUAUUCAUCUCGGACAUAGGGAUUUUCAUUGCCACAUUCGCGCUAUACCACCUUGUCUCGGCCAAAGGGUUAGGUUGGGUUGUGUUAGUGUAUGGGGUGCCUUUGUUAAUAGUAAAUGGCUUCCUUGUUUUGAUCACCUACUUGCAACACACUCACCCUGCAUUGCCUCACUAUGACUCGUCCGAAUGGGAUUGGUUGAGAGGAGCAUUGUCAACCGUUGAUCGAGACUAUGGAAUUCUCAAUAGGGUUUUUCACAACAUUACUGACACUCAUGUUGUGCACCAUUUAUUCUCAACAAUGCCACAUUACAAUGCAAUGGAAGCAACCAAAGCUGUGAAGCCAAUAUUAGGCGAGUACUACCGUUUAGAUGACACUCCAAUUGUUAAGGCUAUGUGGAGAGAAGCUAAAGAGUGUCUCUAUGUUGAGCAAGAUGAUGAUUCUCCAUCUAACAAAGGUGUUUUUUGGUACAAAAACAAGUUUUAGGAGAAUUUGUUAUGUAAUGUCCAACUUUGUUGUGUACUUUGUUUGUGUAUGUGUGUAUGUAUUUAUGUAGUAAUUAAUAAUGGGGUAUGGCUUAAUGUGGUUAGGGGUGUUGAUUUAGUGUGUCUUUUUUGGGCAUGUAAUGAACCUUGUUUUAGUUUAAAUUUGUGUUGUUAUGUAUGUUUUAAUGUGUGAUUAUAUAUAUAUAUUAUAUUUUAUUA